CUGGUUCAUCACAACAAAUUCUGACUUCCACCAAACCUUUUUCACUAUUUCUAUUAUUUAUAUAAAUAAAAAUUGUAAAAAUGUAUACUAUUUAUAUAAAGAAUUGAAUAUCUGAUCUUCAAAGCAUUAAAUUCAUUUCAUUAAAUAACUUCAUGCAUGUAGAUAACGGCAUAACACACAGCCAGCACACAUCAAAUCACCUUGUGUUACAUGAAGUUACUUUGAACAACUAAAUAGAAUAAUAAACUAAAUAUAGAUAAAUAUACUGUAUGUUUUUAAUCUUGUAAAUUAUGUUUUGGCAAUACGGUCAAAUGGCGUCUGAUUGUAGAAUUUUGGGUCCUUUAUUUCCCUCAACUUCGCAACUCGCAUCUCUCAAUACAAAUGGGCGUUCCAGUGCUGUUUUCCCAGUCGGGGUUCUGAAGUUACGGAUUUCCCACUUUCCUUGAAUACAGCAUCAAACCUUUGACGUCACUUGCGGAAUGUAAAAAAAGCGGGGUUUUCAAAUACGGUAAUGAAUUUACAACUGUAACUGCGAUAACUACUGAAUUUAAUGGGCGGGAUUAUACCUCUUGGGAACUUCCUGUGUUAAAACUCCUGAGGCCUGCAGGUGACAAAAUUACUCUAGGAAAAUGCCCACUUUUUGGACGCCCUUUUCGUACAAGUGGGAAACACUCAAGAAAAUCUGGCUCUCGGUGCACUUUAAGCAGCAGCUCACCCAGGCCCAUGUCAUUGAAUGUGAUUUGGAUGGAGCAAUAGAAGAUAUCACAUCUUCCCCACAGAUACUUGGUUUGCGGCUAUGUGGAUCUUUGCUCCUUGGCGUGGUUCAGAUCUUUUCCAGAAAAGCAAACUAUCUCCUUACAGACUGCAGUCAUGCUUUGGCUAAACUCAAACUGUCUUUCCGGCCAGAUGCUCCAUAUGGGACAGACAGUUUGUCUUGUGAAGGGUUUGAGGCCGCUUUAAAAGAAAUCCCUUUGAGUAAAGAUUUUUCUUUCUUGUCUGACCCAAGUGACUUCAACAUGGAUAUGGAUAUCUUUUCGCAAAACCAAAGCCAUCCAGAUGAAAUCACCCUGAAGGAAUAUUCAGAUAUGUCCCAGUGCAACAUUGGUCAGCUGGAUAUGGACUUUCAGAGUCUGGGUCAUCCACAAGACUUGUUUGGAGAUGAGGGCGCCAGAUUGGAGAUGGGUCUUGACUUUCUGACAUACAGCGGCGCUAAUUCAGAUUUUACUGACUCCACCCCAUUAGAAAAUUUCAAUGAGAUACCUCACGAAUAUUCACUCAACCACCAGCAUGAUGAAAAGAGACAAGACCAUGCAGAGAAAGAAAAGUCCCUCGAUCAGUCACCUAAAGAGCAGACAACCUUUGCCCUUCUGCCUGUGCCUGACACUUUUAGCAGAAAAAAGAAGAGAGGACGGAGGAAGCGCAAGUUGAUUGUGGACCAAAUGACAAUUCUGACGGACAAGGCCAUGCGGUUGCAGCUUAGUGAUGACUCUGAUCUGGUUGUCAGCCUGAUCAUGGCUCCCCCCACUCGGCAGCUCAUGUACUGGAAAGAAAGUGGAACUGCAGUCAAUUUGUUGAUGCAGCCCUGCUCUGGUGUUAUCGGGUCAGAGAUUAAGGAGGCUUUUCCAAAGGAAGUUAUCAUGGUGACAUAUGAGGAGGAGGAGGCGGUCAUGCGGCAAGAUGACCAUGAAGCUGACAGCAACAUGAGUCCACUCAGCAUAGAAAGGCUUGAUGAUUCUUCUACAGAAGACAAGCACACAGACGUUAUAUAUUCCAUCGACAACCUCGGUGACUUGGAGCUCAAGCAAGAUGAACACAGAUCGGACACGAGUCAUCCAACGCUUCCAUCAGAGGACUCCAUGUUUGUACAUCAGUCUCAAAUAUGGCAGCAUAGUCAGUCUUUGCUGGGCAUCCAAAAUUUGGGCGAGCAGCGGGUGGUGUACCAACAGGCAGACAUGCUCCUGAAAUCUCUACAAUGGCGUGAGGACACAUCGUUCUGCCUGAGGGACCUCUGCUCAGGAAAAACCCGCAUGCAGGUGGCUAGAACAUUCCAGUGUUUCCUUGUGCUUCAGAAGGAAGGGGCUGUGAGUCUGCACCAGAGUGAGCCAUACCAGGACAUCUUUGUCACUCCUGGUCCUGCAUUCUUCCUGCUGGAAAAUGCCAAGACAGACGAAGUUUAAGUGUCUUGGCAUCCAAGUUGCAGUUUUGGUUCUGGAGGACUCGUGGUUGUAUGUUAAACAAUAAUAUAGCUGCAAGAAAACAGUAUUUAUUUGUAUCCAUUCCAGAGCAACUUAAAUUUCAAGUGAAACCCAAUUUUAAUUAACUGUUGAAAACAGAACUUUGGUAUGGGUAAAAUCUUUAUUGACAUUUGCUUGAAAAUGGUGCUGUUGAACAGAUAUCAAAAAUUGUAUCCAACUGUAAAUUCUGAUUAUUCAUUAAAUUAUGAAGACAUGA